UUCUUGUUAAUUAAUUAAUUGACAGAUUUUAACUCGUUCAAUUGAACGGUAAGUGUUAUUUGUAAAUGAAUGAGUUGUUAUCAUCUAUCUCGAUAAGAGCGAUACAUUUGGUGCGAUAAGGUGAGAAAUAAAUGCUUAAUCACACGCCCUCAAUUGUUGAGUCGUCAGUGUUGGUUUGUAUUUGCUGAAAGUUGUGCAAUUUUUUGCAAAAAUGGCGAAAUUUUUCGUACUCUUGCUCGCCCUGGUUUUUGGCAUCUCUUCCGCGCAGGAGAACGUGAUUCCUCCAGAAAUUCGGGUGGAAAUUGAUGCCCUGCUGGAGUCAUGGAUGACCUCGAAAAACACGCCCGGCCUUAGUCUCGCCAUUACGAGGGGGGACGGGGAGCUAGUUUACACGAGGGGGUAUGGGUACCGAGAUGUCGAGAAUAGACUGCAAGUCGAUCCCGGCACGUUGUUCGGGAUCGGAUCGAUUACAAAGAGUUUUGCGGCCACCGUCGUGAUCAAGAAGUUGAACGAAAUGUUUCCUGAACUGGAUGUGACCGUGCUGGACACGCCGAUUCGGAUUUUAGCCCCCGGAUAUAAUUUCGUUUUGAGUGACAGAUACCGUUCUGAGAGUGUGACAUUCCGUGACCUUUUGUCCCACCGGGUUUGCACGUUCCCAGAAUUGGCAGGAAUGUGGGUUCAGACCUACACUAGUUUUGAAGAUAUUUACUAUCGACACCGUUACACGGUGGAGUAUUGUAGCUUUCGAAAUGGGUACGUUUACAACAACGGGCUGAUCGGGAUGGCUGGAGAUAUCAUUGCGCACAUGGCUAAUUCCACGUUUAACGAGAUGUUAUCAGAAUUAUUGGGUGCGAUCGGGAUGAACGAGACGACGUGGGUGAAGGAGAGUGACGACCAUAACAACAUGAUGGGUCGAUCCGUCCCCUACAUCUGGAAGGAUGACGGCCUUAUCCGCUACAAUCCGGAACUACUCAAGGGGGUCGUGAUUGUGAAUGCGGCCGGAGGAAUCCUCAGUUCCGCGCAGGACAUGAUGAAGUACAUGCAAUUUCAGCUGAAUCUGGGGAACGUUGGGGGGCAACAAAUCGUCCCAGAGGCCGUCAUGGGGUGGCUGACAGCGCCGUCCAACCUGCAAGUGGCUGGGUUCAUAAAAACUGGGGACAAUCCGAACGCCACGGUCGACCUGAACCUGGCGUAUGGUCUUUGUCUCAAUGUGGGCGUUUAUGAUGGUUGGCUCCGUGUGAGUCACGGGGGGUACAUCCCCCCGUACGAGAGCUUGAUGCAUCUCUUCCCCAGCCUGAAUUUGGGCAUCUUCGUCACGAUGAAUGGACCUGGAACUGCCGCCGCGUCUGCGGAGCCUGUCAACGCUUUGCUUAAUAAGAUUUUCGACAUUCUUCAGGGUACAGAUUUGCUAAAAUUAGGGAAUACAAAGCGGGGGUCAAAGGUUGCGUCGCAUUCCUUCUCUGACCUUACGGUUGGACCGUACCCGAUUAUUCGAGAGAGGAAGGAGAAUAAAGUGGAAGGCUUGGCACAAGUUAAAAGGAUUGAACCGGAAGAAGCUGUCGGUGUUUUUGGGAGUGGUUUUAACGGCGAGAUGAGCCUCACGAUGCGGACGAAUCCUUCGGGGGGACAGCAGUUGUACGUCGAGUACGGCGUUUGGGGUCACGGUUGGCUCACGCAGACGUCCAACGCGACCUUCACGAUCGAAUGGGACAAUGACUACUGGAUGUUGGCCUGGUCCAACCAGGUCGGGCCGACCGAAGUCAUCCUGUACUUCGUGGAUGCGGACACGAUUCAAUUUUGGGACAAUGGGUUUCAAAGCGCGACCAAUUUCGAGAGAGGAUUACGGGUCGAUGACCUGCCAGAAAUUCCAUACGCGCCGGAUAGUUGUGGACCAGAAUACUUAGCAUAAAUACUUAGCAUGUUUUAAUUAAGGUACGAAUUAUCGCCAAAAUCAGCACAUUUUUAAUCAUUUAAUCAUCAUCUCUGGGAACUUAUUUCAAAAUUCUGAACGACACAUUUGCCGUCGGUGAGUUGGAAUGGUGGUGAAUUUUCGUUCAAUCGUUCUAAUCGUUCAAAAAGUGUCAAAAUCUGAAUUGUAUAUUUUAAAAAAAUUGGGAACGUCUUUCUCUACAAAUUUGUCGUCCAGAAAUUGAGUUUUUCUAGUGAGGAGAAAUAAUUAAAAAUGUUAUGCAUUUUACGAUUUUGGCGAUGAGUCCUACCUUAAAUUUAAGAAAUUGAAUCAAAGUUAAUGAUACGUUGUUACAAAUUUUAUUGAAAAAGUAUAAAAAAGUGUGUACAAAAAUCCAGUAAUAAAUUCAUUGUUGAUAUAAAAUAUGUACUGAAAA